AUGUCAUUAAUAAUUUUAUUUUAUUUAUUAACAUUAGGGAAAUCUUCCUUAUUCAAAGAUGAUUAUCGAAAAGCAACUGAAUGUUUUGAUCCAAUAUUUCAACGUUGUCCACGUUUUAUGAAAAAAAAUAAAGCAUCUAUAUUAAUUCAUUUAUGUAUAUCAAAAAUGCAAUUUGGUUAUACACCUUGUUUACAAAUUAUUUCUAAAUAUAAAUUAACUGCUUUUUAUGAUUUACUUGUUGCUAUAAAACAAGGUCAAUUAUAUGAAUUUGAUCAAUAUAUAAAAACGAUUCAUCAUAAAUAUUUUUUAUCCAAAGGCUUAUUACUUCAUGUUGAAACAUUAUAUUUAUUGUCUGUGAGAAAUCUUUUUCGUCAAGUAUGGUUAUCAAUGGAUAAAGAAAAUAAAAUAUCAAUUGAAAUAUUUACACGUGCAUUUCAAUGGAGUAACCAUGGUCAAUCAUGUGAUCAAUUACAAUGUGCUACUCUAUUGGCUACAUUAAUAUGUCAAAAUCGUAUCAAAGCUUAUAUAUCUUAUAAACAUAUGACAGUUGUGCUAAGUAAAGAAGAUCCAUUUCCUAAAAUACAACAGAUUAUAUAA